AUGGAGCCGGUGAUGGAGCGGGAGUGCAGCGCGCUGGGGGGGCUCUUCCAGACCGUCCUCGGGGACAUGAAGGGAAGUUACCCUGUGUGGGACGACUUCAUCAGCAAGGCCAGCAAACUGCAGUCCCAGCUCAGGUCGACCGUGGUGGCGGUGGCGGCCUUCCUGGACGCCUUCCAGAAAGUGGCCGACCUGGCGACAAACAGCCGAGGCGGGACGAGGGACAUCGGUUCAGCUCUCACCAGGAUGUGCAUGAGGCACCGAAGCAUCGAGGCCAAGCUCCGCCAGUUCUCCAUGGUGUUUCUGGACUGUCUGAUCAACCCACUCCAGGAGCAGAUGGAGGAGUGGAAGAAAGUCGCCAACACUCUGGACAAAGACCACGCCAAAGAUUAUAAGAAGGCUCGUCAGGAGAUCAAGAAGAAGUCGUCCGACACUCUGAAGCUGCAGAAGAAAGCAAAGAAAGCGGAUGUGUUUGGCCGUGGAGACCUGCAGCCUCAGCUGAACAGCGCCAUGCAGGACGUCAGUGACAAGUAUCUCCUGCUGGAGGAGACGGAGAAGCAGGCGGUGAGGAAGGCUCUGGUGGAGGAGAGGACUCGCUUCUGCUGCUUCGUCACCAUGCUGCGGCCGGUGGUGGAGGAGGAGAUGUCCAUGUUGGGGGAGAUCACUCACCUGCAGUCGCUCACUGACGACCUGAAGGCUCUGACCAUGGACCCUCACAAGCUGCCGGCCUCCAGCGAGCAGGUCAUCGUGGACCUGAAGGCGUCCGACUGCACCUGGUCAUACCAAACUCCGCCCUCAUCGCCGAGCACCACGGUCUCCAGGAAGUCCAGCAUGUGCAGCAGCCUGAACAGCGUGAACAGCAGCGACUCUCGCUCCAGCGGCUCUCACUGUCACUCCCCCACCUCCCACUUCCGGUACCGCGCCUCCUCCUCCUCCUCCUCCUCGGUGCUCCCCCAGCAGCCGCCGGCCCGCCUCUCCUCAGUCUCCUCCCACGACUCGGGCUUCAUCUCCCAGGACGCCUUCCAGUCCAAGUCGCCCUCGCCGAUGCCCCCGGACGCCUCACAGUCUGUCAAUGAGGAGCUUUCCUCUUCCUCAUCUUCCUCACCCUCGCACCAUGACCCUCGCUCUGCAACACAACAGUUGUGGAACGGUUUUGAGCACCACGCUGCCCUCUGUCUGCACGGAGUGGUACCUCCGGCCCAGGACUCCCACCUCCACCCUCCAUACUUCACCUCCUUCACCACCACCACCACCUCUCCCAUCUCCUCGCCCUCCUAUUCGUCCGUUUCUCCCACGUGGUCGUGGUCUCGUUCAGGCUCCGGCCAAUCAGGAGAGUUCCUGCCACUCAGCCCCCCCGGGCUGGACCCGGUCCCGGCGGUUCGAGUCCCGUCCUGGAAGGACUGGGCCAAACCAGGUCCGUACGACCAGCCGCUGGUCAACACCUUGAGGAGGAGCAAGGACCGGAGAGAGACUACAGAUCCCAGCAGCCACCAGGGCGCAGAUGUCACUACACCAGGGGAGGAGCCACACGGGGUUAAAGGAAGCCACGCCCUGACAUCGCCCAAGGAGGACAGGGAGGUCCAUGAGGAGCUGGCCCGGGUUCUGGCCCGUGGUCUCCACCUCGACAUCCACGGCUCCAGUAGAGACUCGCUGCAGGGAUCCAGUGGCUACAGCAGCCAGACACACACACCAUGCUGCUCCGAGGACACCAUCCCCUCACAAGUGUCGGACUGUGACUACUACUCGGUCGGAUUGGAUCCGGACGGCGAGCAGCCGGCGUCUGACUUCGAUAAAUCCUCCACGAUCCCCAGGAACAGUGACAUCAGCCAGUCCUACCGCCGCCUGUUCCAGUCCAAGCGUCCCGCCUCCACCGCCGGCCUGCCCUCCCACCCCGCCGCCGUCAUCACCCCCGGGGUCGCCACCAUCCGCCGGACGCCGUCCUCCAAACCCAACCUGCGUCGACCCUCCGGGGGCCUCAACCUGGGCCCCAUCCCCAUCAAGCCCCCCAUGAUCCCCGUGAAGACCCCCACAGUGCCUGAUCACCCCGGGUUCCCCAGCAGAGCCACGUCAGAGGACGGCCCCCCGCCGCGGACCCCCCUCAGCCCGGCCACCACCCCUCUGUCCCCGGGCAGCAACGGGCCAUUUUUGCCAAAGACCCGCCCCUGUGACCCCGCCCACCUGUCGAAGGAGUCCGAUCCCCCGACCCCCCCUCCGCAGCCGGGGGGGCGGGUGUCCGAGUGGGAGCGCCAGCCCCUCCCGGAGCUCCUGGAGGAGUCGGAGUACGGCGAGGUGGAGGACUUCCUGGUGGCCAUACGGCGAGGAGUCAAACUCAAGAAGACCACGACCAAUGACCGGUCGGCGCCGAUGAUCUACUGA